AUGCCGCGGCAAAAGCAGCCCGGAAAAGCGGAUAAGCAUGCCAAGCGGAAACCCUCAGCUCCAGAAACCGAGGACGAGUUUCUGGAAACGGCAGAUGAGCUGGAAAAAUCCGGCGGAAAGUGGCGAGCUGGUGAUGCCGCCAAAGCAAUGCGCUUCUUCCAGCGUGCCAUCGACACCUAUGGUACCGGACUCCAGCAGUAUCCAAGAAGCUUUGACCUUGCCUACAACAAGGCGCUGCUCCAGUAUCAGAUGACUCAGGACCAUCGAAUAGCCUCCCAGCUAGGAGAUCCCAUAAACUUGCUACGAGAGACGCUCGAGUCACACCGGUAUGCUCGGCAGUUGAAUGAAGAGAAUGCGGACAUCUUAUUCAACACAGCUCAGGUGCUUACGAGUCUUGCUGAGGCACGUGCCGAAGAUGUCGAAGAUGCUGAGAGCAGAAGUGAUGCUGUCCGCCUUCUGCAGGAAGCCGUAGAGCUGUUCUCUGCUUGUUUGACGCGGCAAGAGAUGGAGUACUCCGAACAACAAGCGGCAGCAGUAGAAGCAGCUAGUACUGCUACCGACACUGAUGCUGAAGACGUUAGGGACACUACGGAUACCGUGGAAACGUCUCCUGACUCACCAGAGGCGGAGCAAUGGGCCACGGUAGUGGAGCCCGUAACUCCUGGAACUCUGCUUGAGACGGCACUUGCACAGCUCUCCGCCCUAUCCACACUGGUGAGCCUCACUACAUCCUCUACCGUUAGUGCGUUGGGUUUCAUUCGCGAGCUUGCUUCGCCACUGCUGGUCACGAAGAUUCCUUCGUAUCUGUCCCUCAUCUCAACAGACUGCCCAAACCCGAUCAUGAAAGAAGAACCUUCAUCAGCGUCCGCUCGUUCAAUAUCUGUAACGGAGCCAAACCCUCAGCCCGUCGCAGACGCUACACAAGAACCACCUCCACACGUGACAGCUGCGCUCGCGAUCUCAGCAUACACGGCAGCCAUAGCCGACGCGGAGUACCGCGCUGGCCUUACUACCGCAGAUGAUUAUGGCGCGCGCUUGACCAACGCGUAUGAGCCGCUUCUGUCCGAAGACCGCUAUCAAGCCGCACCAUCAAAGCCGUUCACAGCAGUCCUUGGCGCCUAUGCGGACGCUUUAAGCGAUCUUGCUUCCUCCCUUGCGGGUUUGGACAGGGCGAAGCAUAAGCCGAAUCAAAAACCCUCCCAGCACGCAGCUCUCCGCUGGCAGGCCCUUACCCGCGCCCAAGAACUGCUCACUGCCGCUUCCAAACAAGAGACGGCGAACGCAGAGAAGGCACGAAUAUAUCUCGCGCGCGGCGAUGUCGGGCUCGGUCGGUUCCAGCUCGCCAGCCUGCCGGAUGCAGCGGCUAGCCUGGUUAAGAGCAGGGAGGUGCUGCUGAAGAAUGCGGGAGUGUACUAUCGCGGGGCUGCCGGGUUGGCGAGGCAGAGUUUUGACACAGAGACGGUUAUGGAAGCUACGGUGAAGGAGGCUGUAGCGCAGGUGCAGGCAGCGCUCUUCCGGAACGAUGCUGUUGCUCAGAGCUCCGCGAUAUGGGAGAAGCUACUAUCUGGGACAGGGAGGAAGCAAGUGUUAGAUGUCGUCAGAGAGAUGCAGGAGGAUGGACUGAUUGCAGAAGAGCUGGUGAAGCAGCUUGUUGGGUGA